AUGCAUGCCUUUGAGGCAGAUGAGAAACUGCAAAAACAUCCUAGCAGUUACAAGGGGCAGGAGUCAUCCACCAUCCAGGGGAAUAUACUUGAGAAAUUGGGGAUUUGCUCCGUGCCAAGAUUUAUUCAGUUUUUGCACAACAGCGUGAGAAUCAAGAAGGACCCUGGGCUCGUGGUAACCAACCUGUGUUUUGGAACCGUACCCAUGAGGCUGUUCCAGCCCAAGGCGGCCUCCCCCAGCCCCCGGUGAGGCAUCAUCUUCUUCCACGGAGGGAGUGCCGUAUUAGGGAGCCUGGACAUGUACCACGCCCUGUGUGGUCUUCUAUCCCAGGAGACUGACUCUGUGCUGCUGUCGGUUGGGAAGGCGUCUGUGAUCUGGCGAGUUAUGGGUCCUCAGAGCCAUGAGGGGCAAAGGCGGCGCAGCUUCCCCUGCAGCACUUCCGCUCUCGGGGAGGGAGCCGGAGGGGGCUCCGGAGGCCGCGCGCAGAACUGCUGCGGCUGCGCGCGGCGCCGCUUUCCUAGGAGAGCGGCAGCAGUAGCCGCGGCGGCCCCAGGGGCUUACGGCUCCCGCAGCUCCUCCGGGGAGCCGAGCGCGCCUCUCCUGCGAGCCCCGCACCCCCAACCUGCUCCCCGCGCGCAGCCGCCCAACAUGGAUUUCCUCCUGGCGCUGGUGCUCGGGUCCUCGCUCUACCUGCGGGUGGCUGCGGAGUUCGACGGGGGGUGGCCCAGGUGGUCAUUGGUGGAAACAGCAUUGGAGGAGGCCUGGGGGCCACGGCUACAAGCCCAUCUAGAAAGCAGAGAGAUCCUCAACUUAGAACAUUUGCCUCUUGUUGGUGAUGAUGACAUCAUCCAUCAGCUGCCUGAGACCUGUCUUGUAAGCUGUGAGCAUGAUGUCCUUUGAGAUGAUGUCUUGCUUUAUAAAAAGAGACUGGAGGAGCAAGGGGUACCAGUGGCCUGGCACCAUACUGAAGUAGGCUUUCACAGAGCCAUCAGCAUUAAGUGGGUUUCCUUCCCUUGUGCUGAGAAUAUUAUGAAUAUUGCUACCAGUUUCAUAAAGAAUCUAUGAAUGUUUCUGCCCUUCUCCAAAGCCAAGAAUAGCAGCUCUCCAUCUAUGAUGGCAGGUACUUUUCACCUGCUUUGGUUGGAAGAUGGACAGACAGUUGCUGGUGGUGCAUGAUGAAGCCAGUGGGUCCCACCUCCUCUAAGCCUCUGGUUGACAAUCUUAAAGGUAAAGGAGAGAUUGUCACCAUCACCUUGGGUUAUGUCACCGCUUCUCAAAUGGUGGUCCCUUGACCAGUGACACCAGCAUUUCCUGUGAGCUUGUAAGAAAUGCAAAAUCUCAGCCCCCUGGCAGAUGUACUGAAUCAGAAUCUGUAAGAAUCUCUGUUUAAAACAGAUCCCCAGGUUAUUCAAGUGCUCAUGAAGUUAGAGCAGCCUUACCCUAGGAGAAAGCGAAUGGCUACAUCCCUAGGAGUAGAAUAGCUGAAUCAGAGAGUAUGAAUGUAUUCAGAUCACU